CUGGUCUCGUGGCCCUCGCUCUCCCCUACAGAAACACUGGCACAGAGGGAUUUGAGACUGUGAGGGCAGCUCUUGGUUCAGGGCUUCAGGACCUUUUAGCAGGGGCCGUGGGUUGGUGUCAGGGGCUCGGGGAUCUCCGGCCACAGGGAAACGACGACUUUCCUGUCCCAGAUCCAUCCUUCAUCAGGGUGGCAACUCUGGACGGUCCCUUCGGCACCCUAUAUUUCAGGGCCCUCCACUGUGCUCCACUGUGGCUUCACCCACAGCCAGCUGUCUAGCUGAGUCCCUAGGCGGUCCCUUCCUCAACACCUGCCGAGCGGCUGGGAAGCAUCCAGUCCUCCCCUAGGUCCCAGGCACUCCUUGGACUCAAUCACUUGGGACACCGUGGUGGCACACUAACGUCUAGGCCGGAGGGCAGGGAAACAGGGCACAGAGGGUUCUGGGGAACACUCUCGGGUAGGUGUGGCUGCUCAGUGGAUGUGACCGAGGCUAUCACGCAUGCUCACGGCGCUCUGUUGCGUGCUUUUCUGUCCUGUCUCUGCUCCAUACAAGCCGUUGCCCACGGAACCUGUGGGUGUGGGAGGGGGCGGAAUUCAGAGCACAGCACAUGGUGACCCCUUCCUAAGUCCCACCUGGAGGGAGGAAUGCCUGCUGGGCAGCUGGCGAGUAGGGGCAGGAGACGGAUGGACUAGAAGGAAAGGACUUCCAAUCCCCCUGUGGGCUCCUGACGACAAGGUGCCGACACUGUUCUCUAUUUCUGUGCGUCUCCCAGAAAUCUGUGCGGAGUGUCUCCUGGAGGAUGUGGAGACGCCCCCACCCACGCCGCCCCCUCCACGACGACGCCGCCGCAAGAAGAGAGUCCGGUUCUCCCUCCACAAUGAGGUCUUCACCUUUGAGGACCCCGAGGAAGACCCUGUGGAGGGCCAGUCCAAGGACCUUCCUAGGAGCUGGACAAAGGAAGGUCCCCCAACUCUCCCUGAGGUAGACGCUGGGAGCAAGGACAGCUCUCUCCACGAUGACCUGAUGGAAGAGCUACUACCCACUUUGAGGGCCGAGGAGGAAACUCCGACACUCCCUCAGCUGCAGGAGGCGGUCACCGGAUAUGGCCCAUAUGCCUAUUCCCCCAUCACUCCCUUUAGGGAGACAGAUGUAGCUGAAGAUCAAGGUAGGGCUUUCUCUCCUCCUUUGGUCUGGAGAGCUUCCCCCCCUUCUGAGUUCCUCCCGGGAACGGAAGCUGGGGCGGACUGAAUAAACGGAGUGUCCUGCAGAAAACCAGGACCCUGUGCUACAGUCCCUGCAAACCAGUAGGUCAUUCGGGCGGUGUGCUUGGUGCAUCUGAGGGUUGGGGCUUGUUUUCGCGUGGGUCGAUGCGACGGGACCAGACAUGUGGGUGUGUGGACUGCGUGCAUUUCACCAGAAGACAUCUCCCGCUGAAUGGACUUGAGGGCACGGGUCAAAGUUUCAGAGCCAAACCUCCUUCAUCCCCGCUGCACACACCCUGCUAGGACACCACAUUCCUCGCUGACCCCAGAUCCACCUGGAGGGCUGCUCAGGAUUCCCUUUCCUCAGACAGGGAUGGGGAGAAAGGAAGGGGCCCACAUCUGUCCUAGCUCGGGACGUUUCUCAGACAGGGUCAAAACACAAAGGAAUCAGAAGCUACUUUAGUCGACCCAAACAUCACCACCAGCAUUACAAAAACGCUCCCAUCUUGAAUGCACAGAGGGAAGGCUCACUGGCAAAUGGCAAUAGCCAGGAAAGCUUCAUCAUUAGCUCGGGGCCUGAUCCGACUUCCUGACAAUCUGCUACAUGGCCAGGUUAGAGAGUGCCCUUCUCUCGCCCGGCCUCCGCUCUCUCGUGAACUUGCCGGGUCCUGACUGGGGGAGGUGGGUCCCGGGAAACUGGGUCCCGCGGACUCCAAGGACACACCCACAUGCCACAGGAAAGGAAGACGGGGAAGAAUCAGCACCUUGUGGAUGGGGACUCUGUUGGAAU